CCCGCUCCUUCGCCGCAACCCCGCGGGCCGCCACGCGCGCACCCAGCCGGUCGACGACGACUUCCUCCUCCUCCCUCCCUCCCUCCCUUCCCACCUCGCGCCCCCGGAGAAAACAAACCAAAAGAAGAAAGCCACGCCGCGAGAUCUGGGAGAGAGAGAGAGAGAGAGAGAGAGAGAGAGAGAGAGACUGAGAGAGGCCCCCGCAAGAUGCACGACUUCUGCUUCACGAUCCCCUACGGGUUCGCCGUGCUGGCAGGCGGCGUGCUGGGCUACCUCCGCCGCGGCAGCACCGCGUCCCUGGCGGGGGGCGCCGGCGCCGGCGCGCUCCUCCUCCUCGCGGGGUUCGUCAGCCUCAAGGCCUUCGAGAAGCGGCGCAACUCCUACCUCGCCCUCGCGCUCGAGACCCUUUGUGCAUUCGCCUUGACCUACGUUAUGGGACAGAGAUACCUAGAAACUUCGAAGAUAAUGCCAGCUGGUGUUGUUGCUGGUCUCAGCGCCGUGAUGUCUGCAUUCUAUCUAUUCAAGAUUGCAACUGGCGGCAACCACAUCCCACCAAAGAAAGAGUAAACCAAUGUUUAACUUGUAAUAUAUGUUUGAUUGAACUCAAAGAUCACGACCGAUUGUGUUGUCUAGUUGCACGGUAACUUGAGGGACUAGUGAUGCUCUCCAUUUGUAAUUCUGUUAGAUUGUACCAUGGAUCUCUGAACUUUGUACAAGAAAUAAAGAUUAAAGAUGUGAUUCACAAAACGAA